AUCUGUCUUGUCGUACGGCAUGCCGUACAGGUACUACUUUGAGAACAACGCCACCGGCGCCUUCACGGAUGCGGAGAUCGCCAAGAUCAAGUCCACAUCCCUCCGCGACAUCAUCCUGCGCAACACUGGCAUCAAGGUGCUGCCACAAGACAUCUGGCACGUCAACCCCGACCAGCCUUGGCCCACCCCCGCAGCAGCGGCAGCGGCGGCCGGCUCCAACGCCUCCGGCCCGCCGUCAGGUGGCCAGAUGGUGACGCUGGCGGGAGGCAGGUACGGGCUGGGCUGGCGGUUCCUGACGGAGGGCGGCAACGAGAUGGUGGAGUUCACGGUGACGGUCAAGGGCAGCGGCUGGGUGGGUCUGGGUGUGGCCGCGUCCCCCAGCAGCUUCAUGACCGAUGCCGACAUCAUCAUGGCGCGGGUGGGCCCGGACGGCAGCAUGCAGGUGGAGGACAUGUGGGCCACCACCUUCGCACCGCCCACACCCGACACCGCGCUGGGCUGCAGCAACGACGUGAAGCUGGUGUCUGCCAAUCGGACCUCUGGCGGCUCCACCACCGUCACCUUCCGCCGCCCGCUGGCCGCCACUGACCCGCGCUGCGACCGGGCCAUUGUCAAGGACGCCAGCAAUGUGCUGAUCUACGCAUACAACCCCGACAGCGAUGACAUCAAGAAGUAUCACGGUUCCAGCAACCGCGGCGCCACGACCCUCACGCUCUCCUCUUCCGGCGCUAGCGGCCCCGCUGUCCCCGCUGCUGCUGCCGAGGUGGUGUCCAGCGGCGCCUCCAGCAGCUACCGCACCAUGCGCACCCACGGUAUCCUGAUGGCCACCGCCUUCUGCCUGCUGCUGCCGCUGGCGUUCCUGAUGAUCAAGCUGAAGAACGCCGCCCAGGUCGCCGGCAGCAGCCCCGCGCUGGUGCAGACACUCUUCUACGCUCACAUCCUGUGCAACGCCACUGCAGUGGUGCUGGCGGCUGCGGCGUUGGGCCUCAACUUCUCCCGCCUCAAGGGUCUGGACUACCGACAAGUCC